GGAGCGAAAUUGAAGCUGACAAGACUUUUCUGGUGUUUUUUUGGAAAGGACUGUAAUCUACUGUAGGGGAGAACAGAGCCGCUCAAUCACCGCCGCCGUAAAUAGGAGACGGAAGGGAGUGAGAAAGGAGGCGAAGAGAAAAAAGUGCUUGCUGGGGGGGGGAGGGGGGGGCGGCAUUUUUGGUGGAUGGUAUGAAGCCAGCCAUGGAAACUGCAGCGGAGGAAAAUGCAGAACAAAGCCAAGAGAAAAAAGUGAUCACCAGACCAGAAAUGGAAAUUGGCAGGUACCACUGGAUGUACAGGAGUUCAAGGCCACACCGGUACCAUCAUGUGCCAGCAUUGAGAGGCAAUGUUAGUCCUUUGGGGAUUCAAGGUUGCUUUGAAUGUUGCAUUAAGUGCCUAGGAGGAGUGCCAUAUGCUUCGCUCGUGGCAACCAUUCUCUGCUUCUCGGGGGUAGCGUUGUUUUGUGGCUGCGGCCACGUGGCGCUCACGGGGACCGUGUCUAUCCUCGAGCAGCACUUCUCCACGACUGCCAGUGACCAUGCUUUGCUGAGUGAAGUAAUACAGCUAAUGCAGUAUGUAAUCUAUGGCAUCGCAUCGUUUUUCUUCUUAUAUGGAAUAAUCCUUUUGGCGGAAGGUUUUUAUACGACGAGUGCUGUGAAGGAGCUGCAUGGAGAGUUCAAAACCACAGCCUGUGGCCGCUGCAUCAGUGGAAUGUUUGUUUUCCUCACCUAUGUGCUUGGAGUGGCCUGGCUCGGGGUCUUUGGCUUCUCUGCUGUGCCUGUCUUUAUGUUCUAUAACAUAUGGUCAACUUGCGAAGUCAUCAAAUCUCUUCAGACAAAUGUGACAGUUCCAGGGGACCAGAUCUGCGUGGAUAUCAGGCAAUACGGUAUUAUCCCUUGGAAUGCUGUACCUGGCAAAGCCUGUGGCCCGAUUUUAGAGAACAUCUGCAACACGAAUGAGUUCUACAUGUCUUACCACCUGUUCAUUGUGGCUUGCGCUGGAGCUGGUGCCACUGUCAUAGCACUGCUGAUCUACAUGAUGGCUACCACAUAUAACUAUGCUGUUUUGAAGUUUAAGAGUCGGGAAGAUUGCUGCACUAAAUUCUAAAUUGUAUAAGCCCAGUAAAGAGCUGCAUUGCGUAGCUUGAAAUACCACUGACACCCUAGGCUAAGAGUCUAGCUUUCUGAAUUUUGUUACAGUAAUUGUAAAUAGCUUCAGUAAGCAUCAUUUAGCUUAUCAGAUUAAUAAAAUGACUUCUUGUAUAUGAACUAUGAUGUGGAUGAGAUCUGGCUAUUUUUUCAUGUCGAGAGGAUUCAGUUACUGUAGGGGUGUUUAUAAAUCAUCCCUCCGAAGAUGGGAUGUUGCCAUUUCAAGUCCCCACUUGCUUUCUAGCAGUCAUCUCUGAAACAAAUACUGGAACGGUUCAGGGUCAGAAUUAUUAAUUUAUUCUUCUCCUGAACACCAAAUACAGCCCCCCUGAGUGUACAAAAUAUAUAUGAUACAAAAGAAAAGGAACGGUAAAGCAGUGCCAGUCUCUUUUGGCAGGAAUCAGAAGCCCAGGUAUUAUGAAAUAGUUGGCUUGUAUUUCCAGUGCACGGAUGAUAAAGCUGAUUAUUUUCUUUUACUUCAUUUUUAAGUAAUUGCCAAAUCACGCUCGCUCUCUGGAAGGAAAUACAUCCUUGUAUUAGCUCUGCGUAAAACAAUCACAUUCUUUCUUUUGGACCCUGAACUUGUAAGAAACCGCGUAUAAAUAGCUUCUGUUCUUGUAUGGCUUGCACUUUAGUAACUGAUUUCUCAGUAGCCAGAUCUCAAAACUGUAAGUAUGACUGCACGGGAAGCAAAACCAUGCAUAGGUCAUAGAGACCUCUUUACACUGUUGGGAUGAUUAAAAAAAAAAAAAAAAAAGAGAAGUGAAUCAGUGUUUUUUGGAUGUAGAUUUUUUGCAUGAAGUAUGGUGAAAAGAAGUUGGGAAGUGGUGAAUGCACAAGCUAGAAAAAAAUCCACACAAUAAUAAUAAUAAUAAUAAUUAAAAAAAGAACCAGUUGCUACGUAAGAUAUAAAACUCUUCACUUGAGGUUGGACAAUGGAAGUUUAAAAUGUAGUUAUAAAAAUAUACGAUUAAGACUUCUUAACCCAGAGAUUGCAUGCUUUUGCUUAGUUUUGGACUCAUGUUUUGUUGUUUGAUUUUUCAAUAUGUUAAUGCAGCCUUGUUCACGUAAAUAAAACAGUUUACAGUUUCAGGCUUUUUCCAGGGGGAGGGUGGAAUUCUCAUCUGCUUGUUGGGGGAAAAGACUUCCCAGGAUCUGGGCUUGGAUCUGCGUAACCACCACAACCUUAGGAAGCAGUUCUCCUGAGCACCUCCUAGUUUACAGAUUACAGAUAUCGCCACGUACAAACCUUUUUCCCUGCUUCCCCCCCCCAUUCUGCAUUUUAAUUGAUCCGUACGACUCUGUAGCUCGUUUUAUUACUGUGAUACUAACUUCCUCUACAUUGUGAAUAACCAACUGAAAUAUUAGCAUGCCGAGUUCUAGAGAUCUUUGAAAAUAGCCUCUGUGCUUGUUUUAAUAACAGAAUGCUUAUUAACGUAGAGUAACUUUUGUUGUUGUUUUUGUUGGUUCGUUAUUUUAAAGAGCGUCUAUUAAUCUAACUAGCAGCUUGCUUUGCCUCUUGACAUGCUCACUAGCCAUCAUGCUCACCCUUCUCUUCCAGAUCCACUUCCUCAUGAUACUGUCUUCUAACUGGGCCUACUUAAAGGAUGCAAGCAAAAUGCAGGCCUACCAAGAUAUCAAAGCAAAAGAAGAGCAGGAGCUUCAGGAUAUCCAGUCUCGGUCAAAAGAGCAACUCAAUUCUUACACAUAAAUGUUUGCCACAGUAAUUCAGCAGAAGAAUUCUGUAGCUCUGACAAAUCAACAACUAGCUGCUCUGCAGUACAGAUGUGUGUCUACCAAACAAAAUUAGAGAGAAGUGCAAAAGCUUCACAUUCCAGCUCCUGGAACACAUUCAUAGGGAAAUCUUCCCAUGGGUAAUCUUCCAUCCUUUCAUACAGAGAAUGGAGGGUUUUCUUCCAGGCAUUUUAAAAGGCAACACUUCACAACAAGUGACCAAAUUAUUCUUCUUCGAGACUUUUUUGGGUAUUUAAUAUUUGACACGUUCCACAGCAUGACCAUGUCCUGCACAAAAACCGUGGCAGGUGCUCCAAACCAGCAGGCAGUAGAUCUCUGUACAGACCUUAGGGCCAAGGCACGUCUCGCGGUGGGUGAUUUAGUCUCUUGGUUUUUAUCCACCACACGAAACCGUGGCCCUUUCCUGCUGCCCUUUCUGACAUUCCUAGGUUGCAGCAGGGCUGUCUUUGACCCCUGGUGCCCUGGGCCACAGGAACAGCGCUCUACUUCUGUGCCACGCUCUUGUUUUUUUAUGCUGGAGCCCUCCUGCUCCUGUGCUUACGUGCGUGUUGAGCAGAUUGUCCCAAGUUUUAAUCUUUUUAGUAACUAUUUAACGGAAUGUAGAUCCCCGGAUCUGGAUAAUGAUCCCCUUCUUGGAAAAUAAAUGUCAGCUUUGCCUUAAUAUUUAUUUUCUAUAAAUGUCUUAGCAUUUAUAUAGUGGCGGGAGACCAUUAUCCUACAUUUUAAGGAAGUGAAAAGUGUUACCUUAUUAAAAUGACACUGAUCUGACUAUUCCAAAUGAGCGGAUGAGAAAGUUUGCAGAGUUUUACACAAACAAUAAAAAUUACAGCCAUAAAACAAGAAUACAGGAUGUCCACCUUUCUCUAUCUUGGUGCUUAGCAAAUUUAUAGUCAGUGCUUAUGUGUUUUCCUUUUUACAAAUUAAUUAGCACAUUAAGAAAAUGUGGUGUUCAGAAAAAAAAAAACAAAAACAAACUGGUGCCAUUUUAAAGUCAUUUCCCAUAGAAGUCUGCCUUCUAAUUAAUGUUUUUUUUCAGAAGCAUUCAGUGAUAUCUUGAGUAUUAGUGAUGGUAUAUUUGGUGUUUGUUCUAUAUGAUAUAUAUAUAUAAAUGUUGGGGGGAAAAAGUAAAAUACAUUAGUCAUUUGAAAAAAAUUAAAUAUUCAAGUCAUGCCCAUGUUAAGCUGACGUGUGGUUUGAUAGUUUUGACUGUUUGCUGAAUAUAAAUCAAAGGAAGCACAAAUUUCUUCAAGUCAGUAUUAAGAGAAAAGGCAUUUGGGGGGGGUAUUAACUUCAAACGUCAUUUUUUUUGUUAAAUAUUGAAGUCUAAUUUGACAGUUUCAAAAAAGGGGCAAAAAGUUGAUCCAUGUAGAGCAACUAUGACAAAAUAGCCUAGUGUAUGUUCUUACCUGUUGCAUGAAGGAGACAUUUCUACGGCAAUGCAGGUGAUGUUCUAGCCCAGUGUUUGCAUAAGGGUAAUAAUGGAGGCAGUGUCUUAAAGCCUAAUUCUUUUCUAAUUCAGUGUAGCUAUUACUGGGAGUUUUUGAAGUUUUGUUUAAGUAGUCUAAUAUUUUUAUGUAAAGAGCAUUAAAUUUUGCUAUGUAUAAAUUUUUGUAACCUAACAGUGAAUCAAUAUUUUCUAUCAGUGCCAAGGGCUUCCUGUAGUUACAUCCAAGUGUUAAAAUAAAUAUUUGUAGAUAAUAGACAAAA